AUGGCAUCCCCUUUUCCAAAUUCUCCACCUUCCACUACCACUCCUCCACCAAAUGCUUCUUCUAUUGCAAGUCCACCGUCACCAUCGGCGUUGACCACUAGUCCACCGCCAUUUCCCUCUUCAACGAUUGCUUCACCUCCUUCUAACUCAUCGUCGCCAUCGCCGCAGCCGCCGCCACCUCAAUCCUCUCCUUCUCCUCCAGCUUCGAGGUCAACCCCACCUCCUCAAUCCUCUCCACCACCGCCUAUGGCUUCACCGCCGCCACCUCCUUCUCUAUCCCCUCUGCCACCUGUGGUGGCUUCGCCGCCGUCUCCGGCAUUAUCACCACCGCUACCAUCGAGUAGUUUUCCUCCUCCGCCUUCCCCUGUGGCGCCAGUGGCCUCGCCACCUCCACCUCAAUCACUUUCACCGCCUCCGCCUGUUUUUGUCUCUCCAUCUCCCCCACCUUCGGUAAACCCACCUGGAAAUUCUACUUCCCCACCCAGUCCUCCCCCGGUGAGUUAUGGGAAAAUAAAGGAGAGGAUGAAGAAGGGUAAAAUUAUCUUUUUUAUUUAA